AUGCAAGGUGAGCCUGGAAGCUCCAUGCACGGAGUGACGGGCAGAGAACAGAGCUUUGCCUUCUCCGUGGCCACGCCCAUUGUCCCAACAGAUACAACCGCAGGAUUCGCCUUACCAGUGGACUCCGAGCACAAGGCCAAGGUCUUUAAGAUCUUCUCAUUUGCCAAUCCCCAUAUGAGGACCUUCCACCUCUCCUGGAUCUCUUUCUUCACCUGCUUCGUCUCCACCUUUGCCGCCGCUCCGCUGGUACCCAUAAUACGCGACAACCUCAACCUGACCAAGGGUGAUGUCGGCAAUGCCGGAAUUGCCUCCGUCUCCGGGAGUAUCUUCUCCAGGCUUGUCAUGGGCGCUGUGUGUGACCUACUAGGCCCGCGUUAUGGGUGUGCUUUCCUCAUCAUGCUUGCUGCUCCCGCUGUGUUCUGUAUGUCCAUUGUGUCGUCCGCCGGCGGGUAUGUCGCCGUCCGGUUCAUGAUAGGUUUCUCCCUUGCAACAUUCGUGUCGUGCCAGUACUGGAUGAGCACCAUGUUCAGCGGCAAGAUAAUCGGGCUUGUCAACGGCACUGCUGCCGGGUGGGGGAACAUGGGUGGUGGGGCUACUCAGCUCCUAAUGUCCUUGCUUUACGACGUAAUCCGCCGCACCGGCACCACCCCAUUCACCGCAUGGCGGAUCGCCUUCUUCAUCCCCGGAGUUCUGCAUAUUGUCAUGGGAAUCUUGGUCUUGACCCUUGGCCAAGAUUUGCCAGAUGGAAACCUUGGAAGCCUUCAGAAGAAGGGAGAAGUUUCCAUAGACAAGUUCUCUAAGGUGCUUUGGUAUGCCAUGACAGGUUAAUUCAUCAUCAUCUCUCAAUACCCAAUUCAUUAAUAUCAUAUUUUUCUGUGGAUGCAUGAUCAGUUGAACAGGUGGAGGAUAGAUGAGUUCAAUAUUGACAAUCAAUUUAAUGAAACUGCUUUGAUUCGUUGUAUCAGAUUUGAUCUCAAGCUCCACACUGCGGGCAUCAUUGCUGCUGCGUUUGGCAUGGCCAAUUUCGCUGCUCGCCCCUUCGGUGGAUACAUGUCCGACGUAGCUGCGCGUAGGUUUGGCAUGAGGGGUAGGCUAUGGAACCUCUGGAUCCUGCAGACUCUCGGAGGGGUCUUCUGCAUCUGGCCGGGUCGAGCUAAUUCGCUUCCUAUCUCCAUAAUGGCAAUGAUUCUUUUCUCCAUAGGUGCUCAGUCUGCCUGUGGUGCAACCUUCGGUAUCAUCCCAUUCAUUUCCAGGCGGUCUCUGGGAAUAAUAUCUGGCCUCACCGGUGCCGGUGGGAACUUCGGCUCAGGGCUGACCCAGUUGUUGUUCUUCACAAGCUCGAGGUACUCUACUGCAACAGGGAUAUCUCUCAUGGGGGUUAUGAUUGUAGCCUGCACUCUGCCGGUGACUCUAGUUCACUUCCCCCAGUGGGGAAGCAUGUUCUUGCCUGCAUCGACCGACGCUGAGAAGUCCAAAGAAGAGUACUACUAUGGAUCCGAAUGGACUGAGGAGGAGAAGCAGAAGUGCUUGCAUGAAGGGAGCUUCAAGUUUGCAGAGAACAGUCGAUCGGAGCGUGGCAAAAGAGCCAUUGCUUCUGCACCAACGCCACCCAUCUCUACGCCAACACAUGUUUAG